ACAGCUAGCCUACUACCAGCAAAAAAGUAAAGUGAAAAUUUUUACUACUCGAAAAAAUUAGUGCAGUGCUCCAUUUUGGAAUCGUGCAAAGUGCGUAGAAAAGAUGCGAUAGCACCGGGAAAGGGCCGCCGUACCGAAUAGCAACCGUGUAGAAGAUCUUCCGCGAGGGCACUUGGCCGGGGGGAGGCGCUACUCGAACUCCCCGACCGUAGGUUGGCUGAAAAGAAGCAAAGGAAAAAAAAAUCAUUGACCCUUUCUCUGCUGGCUGACUCGGCUCUCGGGGCUGCCUGCGAAGUCGCUUUUGGGGCUGAGACCGGGUGGGUGGAGAGAGCAAGAAGGAGAGAGCGGGGGUGGGCGGAGGAAGCUGGGCCGCGAUCCAAGAGUGUUGUGCGGCGGUGCUGAGCCGCCCGUCGUGUGGACAAGCGAGAAAGAGAGACAACAUCGGCCGCCGCGGCUCCUGCUUCUGCUGCUGUUGCUUUUCGGCUCAGGAGGUUCCUCUUUGUAAACGUGAACUGAUAAACCAAACGCGCAGAAUCAAGCAACCGCCACGAUGGAUACGGCCGAGCAGCCGGACGCGGCAAUACCGUCCACCUCGGGGAUUUGCCCCACCUCCUCCUCAUCGUCAUCCGCCAGUGGGCGCAAGCGCAAGCUGUCCAGCGAUGAGUGCACCAACGAGCAGCCCAACAUGAAGAUCCUGUCGGUGGAGCUGUCCGACAUCGAGCUGCAGGUAUCGCUGAUGGAUCUGAGUGACGAGAUACUGAUGGAGAUCUUCCUGAAUCUGGACUCGGACUCGCUGAUUGCGCUUUCGGAGUGCUGCCUGCGGCUGAACAGCGUCAUCAAGGACAAGAAGUUGUGGGCCAAGGCGGAUUUUAGCUCGUCCCAGCUGGGCGCCCAGGAGUUGCUGCGGAAGAUCCAUCACCUGCAGGUGGAGACGAAGUCGCUCAAGAUCCGAGGGUUGACGAGCGUGUACCCGUUGGACAAGUGGAAAACGCCGACGCUGACGGCGAACAUGCUGGCCCAGAUCAACAAGCGCUGCCCGGGGCUGGAACACUUUGAGAUCAUCGAGGGCUACAUGGACACGAACAAUAUGGCGAUCAUUUCGUUUCCGCAGAGCAUCAAGACGCUGGUGUUCCGCAAGUGCGAAGCGGACCGCUCGAUGGCGUCGGAGAUUCGGAUGGGCUUUCUGUCGAAGAUUGACCGGACGCUGCAGAAGCUGGAGGAGCUAACCAUCGAGUACUGCAGCUGGUUCGAUACGCACGAUUUCAUGGCCUUGUCCAAGGUGCCACAUUUGCGAUAUCUCAGUCUGAAGGGUUGUGCCAACAUGAAGGAUAGCGUUCCGUACGCCAGCAUUGCCACACGGUUCGGGUUCAAGAAGUUGGAGACUCUGGACCUUCGCGACACGCCCAUCUCCGACUCGGACGUGAGCUGCUUCAACAUUGUUCAAUCGCUGAAGGAGCUGCUCCUCGAAUGUCCCGAGUAUUUGCGCACCGAGCGGGGUCUCAACGAGUACAACGAGGCCGAGCGGCAGCGCGUUGAACAGCUCAGACGAAUAGCAAACCAGGACAUCAUAAAUCCGCUGGCUCGUCGCCAAGAACCAGGCCAGGCCGGACCUGCCGGAGCAGGAGAAGGAGCAGCGGCAGCCAAUCAGCAAGAGAAUGGCGCCGCCCAACAGGGAGACGGAGACAACGCCGCGGAACCUGCCCCGCCACCGCGUCCUCCUCGACCUCACUUUCUCGGCGAAGGUCGCAACGUGUUUCGCUUCGUCAAUCGGCACUUCUUCCCGAAUCUGCACGAAAACCCCGGCGAGAACAUUAUCCGCAUCAUAAACCGCGCCGAAAUGGACCCGCCGGCAGCCGCCGCCAAUCAGCCGGAACCGCAAGCCAAUGGCCAGCCGGCCAACCAGGACCAGGACCAACAGCCACAACGACCGGCGGCACCUCCGCUAGCCCCACUGCCACCGCUGCCGGCGGACAACAACAACCAGGAGAUCCGGCAGCGCCACGUACGCAUCGUGUACAACAACCGCCGCAACAUCAUCCGCAUCAUCAACCACCUCGAGCGGAACAACAACGUCGAGGACAACAACAAUGACCAGCAGCAGCAGCAAAACGGCGCCGGCGGCGCUCAACAACCUCAGGGCGUUCUGCCACCGCCCGUGGAAGCGGCUUACCAGCAGAUCUUCGAAGCCGGCAAUCGGGACCGGGUGGAGAAUGGACCCGUCGCAGGACCCGCGGCGGCAGCACAAGAGCACGAACAGCAACCGGCGGCAGCCCCGUUGGUGAAUGGAGUUGCGGCGGAAAACAACGAGAAUGGAGCAGCGGAAGCAGCUUUGGUUAAUGGGGCUGCCGCUGAACAGGCUCCGGCCGCGGCUGCCAAUGACGGUGCUGUGGCGGGACCUGCGCCUGCGGCACCCGAUGCACCGGAACCACCGGUGCCUCAGGAGGAUAUGAACGUCCGCGUAAUCCUGCACGGCGCCAUCCAGAACAACCACCCGAGAAUCAUGCCCCACGUGAUCAUCGUGCGCGGCGUCGAGAACAACAACCCGGUCGCCGAGGUGGCCGACCAGAACCAGGCCCGCCCCGCGAACGCGUUCUACCAGUAUCUGAACCUUGGGCCGGGGGCGCCCGGCCCCAACUACGUGUCCCUGGUCAGCGAUCGUGGCAUCUGCGCGUACGGCGUCUCACGACACGAGCUCGGCGGUGCGGCCUUCAUCCGCGAGUACUUCCGGCCGAACCUGACCAGCCUGGAGCGGCUGCUGGUGCGCAACUACAAACUGGUCACGGACACCUCGCUGGACCAUCUCGAAUCGGCCGCGCCCAACCUGAAGCUGCUCGACGUGACCGGCACUUCGGUUACGGCCGAGGGCGUGCGCAACUUUAAGCUGGCACGGCCCAACUGUACAAUUUUGUCGGAUUUUGAGUAGAUUUUAAGUAACACACACACACACACCCCCUCUAGUUGACUAACUAAAUAAUGAAGUAAUGGCUGGGUAGACUGUGCGAGUAUCUGAUUUUAGGAGAGAGAGAGCCACCCUCUAAUUUUAUUUUAAUUGGCCUUUUAUACGAGAAAAGAAAAAGGGAAUUCCUAUAUUAUAAAAACAAAACUAUUUAAUGAAAAAAGCUAAGGAAUCACUGUUGGAUUAAGUUUCUCCUGGCAAGAACACGAAAACACAAAAUUGAUUUAGUAUUAGAAGUGUAAACUUUUAUUUUUAUUUUGUCAUACUUUUUUUUCGAAGGAACGAAAUUAUACACUUGAAAUAUGUCACACUAAAUUAUCCUAGAAUCAUUACAGUUUAAUGAUCAAAAAAAAAAUAAAUGUGCAGUAUUUAAAAAUGA